AUCCUGAUCAUAGUCCUAACAUGUAUGGAUGGAGUAACCGCUCUGACUUCCACAGAAAUUAGUGCUUUUAGUGUCAGUGGGAGCUAUAGUGCAACAGUCAAUGUCGAUUCUACAACGUAUGCUUCUCAAAAUAGAAUCGUGAUCACCGCUAGCGGAUUGCCGGAUCACGCUUGGCAGAUGGUCAACCCCAACACUCCCAGCAAUCAAAAUCACGAGAUCAACGUCCUUAACACUCCGGAGGACCAGUCGUCCUAUGGCUGUCUCCCCAUGGGGAAAAUCGGAAUUUCCAAGACUGGGGUGGCCAUCUUUAACCCACUGACAGCCGAGAAUUACAACGCUGUCGAGGGAGGUAACGCAGAGACGUUCGAUACUUGUGAUGGACACGCAACAAACACUGGAGAAUAUCACUAUCAUAAGAUCCCAGGGUGUAUAUAUAAUAAGGGCGUGGAUGAAUUCAUCGGGGUAGCUCUUGAUGGUUAUCCCAUAUACGGUCCAUUGGCUUCUUGGCACAACAGUGGAAACACCAACCUCACGACCUCUGACCUUGACAAAUGUCACGGGUCAGAUGCCAGCGGAAGUUAUCGGUACUACAUGACUUAUGAUUGGCCCUAUAUUUUGGGCUGUUUUAAAGGAAAAGUUAUAGACAGGAGAUCGUCCAGAAGUGUAUCGUAUACUUGUUCCAACUCCAGUACAUCGUCAUUUGACAGUUCAUGGGGGUUUCUGUGUUCCUGUACCAAUUCAAGGGCCGCUGCUACUGUCCUCAGGUCAAGAUUUGGUGUUAUGCUAACAUCUAUUCUUGUAAUGGUAUAUGGUAUAUGAGCAAAAACUGAACAUCUAAAGCUCCCAAGAAUUACAUGAGACUUUUAUAAAAACAGUGACUGUCGUUUGACUGUACAAAAGUUCAUGUUAAUGUCAACCAGUGCCAUAU